GGAUUUACACGUUUUGGUUUCAGGGUGGCCGUGCGUGUUGUCAUUGUGGACUUGUUAACGUGGCGACAAUGAAUCAUAGGCCCGCGAGCUGCCCGUCAGAGCCGCGCGCGAGUGAAGAGAGAGAGGGUCCGGGCCGAUUGUGUUGUACCGUGAAUCUCACCACUCUUUCACAGGCAGCACCAUUGACAUCGCUCUUUUUGAUCGGAGGAAGGAGUUGCGUUCAGGAGACGGGGCAAACUCGGAUUUCUCAGUGUUCAACUUUAAAAUGAGGGUAGAUAUAAGUCAUGAUUGUCUUUAAACUCACGGUCUUUGAAAGCGUCAGCGGGAACUACCCCCGCCCGGACACCGCCCCCUCUACGUCACUGCCACUGCGAUUUGCAUGAAGUGUUUUCUGCUGCAGCUCAACUCGCCUGCAGACUCCGAGGGAAAAGCGAGGGGAGAGGUGCGCUGGAAACUCGAGGAGAGUACGAGAGGCUUGGUUUCUAGACCGGGAAAACCUAAAGGAGUACAAUAUAAACGGGAGACGGGGACACGGAUACCACUAAGGAUUAUUUUGAAGUGUGGGUUUCUUUCUUACGGGGAAGAUGGAGCUACCCGCCGCGGGAGAGCACGUCUUUGCGGUGGAGAGCAUCGAGAAGAAGCGCAGCAGAAAGGGAAGGAUUGAGUAUCUGGUCAAGUGGCGAGGAUGGUCUCCAAAAUACAACACGUGGGAGCCGGAAGAAAACAUUCUGGACCCUAGACUCCUGGAUGCAUUUCAAGACAGGGAGCGACAGGAGCAGCUCUUGGGCUACCGCAAGAGAGGACCCAAGCCCAAGCACCUCCUGGUUCAGGUCCCCUCAUACGCUAGGAGAUCCAAGAUUUUGGCUGAUAUCCACGAAGAGGAGAGCCAUCAGAAGUCCAACUCUAUCCAGAUGCAGUACCAGCUAAACGGCAAAAAACACCAUCCAUACCAGCCACUGUCCCAGGACUGCGAGACAGACCAAUCAAACGGCAAGAAAUUUUACUAUCAACUGAACAGCAAGAAGCACCACCACUACCAACCGGAGAUCAAAAGUCACGAGACUGUUUUUGCCAAACCCAAGGAAGUGACAGUCCCGGAUUUAUCCAAUAAGGGGUACAAUCUUCCCCCCGUCCUGCAGCAAAAAUGGGUACGAGAUAAAGAUUCUGGGUGCUUGACUAAAAUAAAGGAUAUUACAAUGGAGUUAAAAAAGCUUCCAGCGGAUUUAAACGGACACAAGGACACUGAAAAGGUGAAACCAAAGGAGGACUUUGUAACGCAAAGCAACAACGUCCGCAAUGGGAAACUAAAAAUUGUCAAAAACAAAAAUAAAAAUGGAAGGAUUGUGAUCGUUAUGAGCAAAUACAUGGAAAACAGCAUAAAAUCGGACAAAAUGAAAAGUGACUCGGAAAAGCAAGUACCAGACAGCAGCACGGAAAACCACAUCGAGAAAAUGAAACUUGUGAAAAAGCUCGGACUCGUGAAUGGAUUUACAAAAUUAUCCAAAGAGAAAUCGACUCUAGGGCUUGACCACGGUGAUUGCCUAAAAGAGAGAAAGGAGGAGAUUUCCAAAACAGAGCAAACUGUGACCGAGCAGGAUAAACAUGUCGGGGUCAAAGGUCGUGGCCAGCUUCUUGCAGAUGAGGCUUUAGGGUUGACAACCACGACUAAUCCAGUCUCCUCGCCUUCGGAUACGGCCGAGAAAGAAGUCAGCCAAAGCGCACCUACAACAUUGAAACGCCAUCUUUCUGAAACGAACACUGAGCAAAAUGGACCUAGAAAGAGGUAUUUGCAGACUCUUAUACCUUCCCCAUCUCCCCAAAACGCAGCCCAAAAUCUCCCUGACAGUCACUUGUUACCUGAUUGUGGAUACCAAGAUGAACCAAUGGACUUGAGUAUGGACAAAUCUAAGUCUAGACUAUCAACAUUGGACCUUGUUGAGGCAGCACAACCUGAGGGGGUAGAGUUGACUGUAACACAAUCGCCGGCAGAGACAGAAACCCAACCGCAAAGCAUCGCACAACAAACAGAAGAAGAGAAUAUCAGGCCUUUAUCUCCGAGCGAUCACAACAAGAGGAAAGACGUGCACUUUCCCUCCUUCCAGCCCUUUCUCGGAAACAUAGUGAUCACAGAUAUCACCACGAACUGCCUCACCGUGACGUUUAAGGAGUAUGUAACAGCGUAGCUAACCAUGCUGACACCGUACAGAACAUCUAUGUGAAGGGAAAAGUAUUUGCCUUCUGGGUUUCUUGUAUUUUUGCAUAUUUGUUCUAUCAUCUUCAUGAAUUAAGUUUUGGUCCAAAUCGUUUUCAGAUGUGUAUCGUUAUAGCUUUCUGGUCUCCCAGACUUAACAGUUGCUUAGCUGUUUUUUUUUUUUUUUGUUGUUGUUGUUUUUGUUGUUAAUUUUUACUUUGCUGCUUUAACAUAGCAGAAAAUAACUUCUGCACAUAGACCAAAAGUAGGUAUUAAUAGAUUUUUUCCCAUUGUAUAUUAAUCUAAUCAAAUAAUACAUGUAUUUAAUAUUGAUAAUAUAGGCACCUAAAAGCAUUUCUAUUUGAUUUGAUGUCUCUGGUUUCUCUCAAUCAAUGCAAAAAUAUAAGAAAUUGUAAAGAAUGCAAAUAUAUUCCCUGGCACAGUACUUGCAUAUUGAUGCUUGAAUGUACAAAUGAACUUUUUGUAAAGUUUGGAUACCAGACUAAACUCUUUGUUUUGGAAUAAUUUGCAUAGUAUUUCUCAUAAGCUCUGCCUGGUGUUAUUUCUGGAAGUCUAUCUCAUGCAGUAUCAGAUUUCAUUUCCUACAAAUGAAGCUCAACUUAAAAGUACAGAAUCUUAGACAAAGUUGCACUUAUACCUGUACAUACUUUAACUUUUCUAUGUUUGGUUUAUAUAUUCCUCUCAGAUGUCAAUUUUGUAAAAGAAAAAAUUAAAUAUAUUGAAACAUGGUAUAUGACACUGUGUUAUAGUGUGAAAUAUGGGAUUGGAUGCUGCUGUGUCAGUAAAUGUUAAGUUGAUGUUAAUUUGCAAUGUUGGUGGAUGGCAAAGUCUAGUUUUUGCUUAAAAAAAAAAAAAAAAGUUUUAAUUUACAUCUGCAGGCAUAGUUUGAAUCUUUAAGUUUGAUUCUUUAUAGCACAAGUCACUUCCAAACAUACUAUUUAUUCUAUUUGCUGUUGUUUAAAUCAUGACUUGUAAUACAUUACAACUUAAAUAUAUGAGGUUUCUUUAUCAUAAUUUAAUAAACGUUAAGCUAAGAAAUGAGAAAGGUUUUGAAAGCCAUCUAUCUACUGAGAAAAGUCCCUAAAUGAGUCACUUUGUUCUGUGGUCAAAGUGAGAAAAACUUCACAACUUUUUUUUUUUUUUUUUUUUUAUCAGCAUCGUCUGAUAUAUAAGUGUGUAACAAUCAAAUGUGUACAACAAAAUCAAGUCAAAUCAAGAGUCUGCAGAUAGGAUGAUGAACUUGCCUUAUUUAAAGGUGUGCUAUGUAACUUCUGGUGGAUGGUUGGUCAUCUGUUGAACUCAUGAAAAUGUUUACUUUGCCUGGAAUUUUCCACAGUAUUGUAUAAACAAAUCUACUUAUGUAUUAUAUUUUAUGUACUCAAUUAUAUGUGGUUUUAUUGCCAAGAAAUCUACACUACCAGUCAAAAGUUUAAACACACUUUUUCAAUAUAUAUGUAUUUUUUUCUUCAUUUCCAUUUAUUUCCAUAUUUGCAUUGCGGAUCAAAUGAAUGGACACGUAUGAAACGUAACAACAAAAAAAAACUGGCUUGUACUUGGCAUUUCUUCACCCUACCAAAGCAUUGAGAAAAGGCUAAGGGAUAUAGCAGUGCUGUGAACAAGGCAAAGGGUGGCAACUUUGAGGAUUUGAAUGUAAAAUAUAAAAAAGUUUAGUUGACAUACUAACUUUUUUUUCUUAACUACAUAAUUCCAUAUAUCUGAUGGCUGUCUAAUUCACUGUAUUUUUGAUGAUACUUUUGACUAGUAGUGUAAAUACUUGGCUUGGAGUUGUCACCGGCAUGUCUCCAUAAAAAUUGUUAUGUUUUAUGACAUUUUGUGAAAUAUUCAAGGCAAAAUAAUAACACCUUCUGCACCUACUGUAACAAAUUGCAUAGUGCCCCUUUAACUGUCACUAACAGCUUUGCAACCACGGGUCAUACUUCCUCUUCAGUUUGUUGAUUUCUUCUGAAAAGCGUUCACUGUUGUAUUCUAACAUGCUCUACCAGAAUGAACUAAUACUGGUCUUUGAAGGGAUCCUCUGCAUUUUGCAAUAAUAAAAUGUCUUUGCAAGUA